GGCUACAAACCCUGAAGGUUCACAUUGCCCAAUUUGGCAAUCUAACAACGAAGAAAAGUGGAUACGCUAAAUUCCGCACCGUAGUUACGGAAAGCCUUUUACCAUGCGUCUUUAGGAUUCCAGGAGAAUUAAAUUAUGGAGACAGUUCAAGCAAACGAGCCAGCCGUUUUAGGUAGUAUCGGAGAUGGAACGAUUUGAUACUACAUCGCCAAGCAUGGUACAUUGUAGCACUCGAUAUAGGAGAUGUCAGGAUAGUGCACUAUUCUCCGUAGGAAUAGAUUGAUACUGUGAUGGAAUUUCAAUCAUGACUCCUCCUAGCCAAACUGGGUAGAAAUUGACCUCUUGGUGGUAACUCAGUAAUGGAGAAAUAGGAGUAUAGCCUUAUGGUACUAACGAUGUGACAUUAUUGAGACAUCCAUAAAUAUCCCCUUAUCCUCCUUCGAAGUAACACCACUCAUCCAUUCAGCAACCUUUCAACAAUCAUCAUUAUCUAUAAAGCAUUGAGACUUCAGUCAUUCGCAUCUUCUGAACAUAAGAACAAUCUCUUAAACCAAGAUUCUCGAGUUUCUCAACCUAUUCAUCCUGCCAAUCCUUUCAAGAUGUCGAACUUAGAUUUGAUCAUAGCAAAUACUCAUUUAUCCAUUCUCUAUCUAUUUCCUGUUGCCAUCUUUGGCCUCUUUCUCAACCUCUAUCGCAGAACCAUCCUUGGAAGAUCAAACCAACAAAAGUUGCAAGCUGGUGAUGCAUUUGCGGCUGUGGAAAAAACAAUUACUUACGAACCUCAUGCUGCCCAGAACUCACUUCGAGAUUUAAUCGAGAUCGAUGGAGCUGGAACAUGGCCACCUACAACUGUAUAUGGUGAUGCUUGGCCAGAAGUCCUUCGACCAUUCCACGACAUCUAUCAAGCUAUGGCCCCUGCUCUAUCAAUUGCAGAACUUAGUGGCGAUGAUGUCAAGAACUUUCAACGAUGCUUGGACUUCCGUGUACAAAUGAGAACACUUUACAAUGAUCAAGUCAACAUGGGCGAAGUAAAAGCCCUCUUAGAUGCAGCAGAAAAUGAUGAGAACAUUCUAUCCCGGGCAGCUUGGAAUGGUCUGUUUGCUUGUAUUGCCUUGUCCAGACACUCUUUCCGAUGGGGAACAAUUCCUAUAGUUAAACUUGCCCAGGAAGAAAAAGUCGUCGAUUUCCCUGCCUGUCUCGAUCUCGCAUGGCCAUACCUCAAGAGAAGAUAUGGUGUUACAUCUCAAGGUGGUAAUGUCGCAAGUAACUACCUCUGCAACUUUGAUGAUAAAGAUCAGAUUGUCUACCCAAUCAAUCCCACGAUGGACGAUCUCAUUCAAUCUGCCGAAUAUCACUUUGGUCAUGUCUUCCCUCACAUUGAAAGAGAAGCUCUCCCAAUCUACCAUAUGGUAACUAGAGCCAUUCAACAAUAUUCUAAUGGCGACCGUGCUGGUACCCUCCAUUCGCUCAAAGGAAUCAACAAGGAAUUGCGCACGCCCCUUAAGACCUAUUAUGAAACCAUGCAUGAAUCCAAAAUUUCCCGAAAAGUUUGGAUGCACUAUGCACAAGGAUUUCAAGGCUGGGCUGCAGGUGAUAUCGACCCCGUCACUGGAGAAUAUACUGAAUACGACGGUCUGUCAGGCAACCAAUUGUUAUUACCGCAGAUCAUGGAUGCUUUCUUAGGACUUGAGAGAUACUUGAACGAGGAGAACACACAACGCUACAUGCCAAACUUACAACGCAAAUUCCGUGAAACAGUCGCUGAGUACAGCUUCCGCAAUGAGGCCAAGACAAAAGGAGACGACGAGAUCGAGGAACAAAUGAACAAUAUUGUCAAGCAAAUGAGAGUUUUCAGAACGGCACACAGAGUUAGGGUCAAGCCAUACUUGAGUGUACCCGCUCCAGAGCGUAUGAUCAUGACAGCUGGAAAGUCUGUGCUAGAGAAGGGUGAUGUUCACGACUACGAGUCUGCUAUUGCACCUCUAGACAAGAUGUUAAAGGAUAGACUAUUGGCUACCAAAUAGAUUAGAUUGUGAUAUACUUGUCACAUUUAUUAGACGCCAAGCUAGAACUGGGUUACUCAGGCACCAGAGAUACCUGUUCACCUCACUACUUUCUUUCGUUUGUCUUGGCAGGGUAGGACGGCGCUUGUUUGGGUGUUUUCUCCUUCUGGAUAUGUGUUAGGGUUAGGGAAAUAGAUAAAAAUAAUAAUGCAAUGAUGAUUUAAAAUCCCAAAAACUGAUAGCAGCCAUAAUUAAUUGGUGGCUCCACUUGGCAAUCCUUCGGCCAUGGUGUUCUCGAGGUACCGGUGGCAUUGUCCUAGAUGAAUAGGUGUGAUAUAUCUAGCAGUUCUCUGAUUGGCGACUCCCACUGACAAUCCUGUAGUGACGCUCUUUUUGAGCAGGCUCGAGGUGGCAUUGUUCCAAACAGGCAUGCGUAGCGUUACCAUGUGAAAAAUAUAUCGAGAAGGAGGUA